AUGCCUCGAAAACCAAUUCAUUACAUAAAGAAGCUUUGGAGCCGACUAUCCAGUUUCCGGGAAGAUUUUGUCCAGUGCAACAAACGAUAUUAUGCGCCUCCAAUCCCAGCACGAGGAACCAGAGUCAAUGUCGGGCACUAUUGCUCAGUGGAGAAUUCACGGCAGUGGCCUCGAUCGCCUUCGUGCGAGGAAUGGUAA